AUGCUAAAAUUUGUUUUCUUUUGUGCGAUUAACAAUAUUCUUCUUCUUCUUCUUCUUCUUCUUCUUUCUUCUUCUUCCUCCUACUCAUCUUCUUCUUCUUCUUCUUCUUCUUCUUCUUCUUCUCUUCCUCCUCCUCCUCCUCUUCUUCUUGCUCCUCCUACUCAUCUUCUUCUUCUCCUCUUCCUCCUCCUACUCAUCAUCAUCAUCAUCUUCUUCUCCUCUUCCUCCUCCUACUCGUCAUCUUCUUCUUCUUCUUUUCCUCCUCCUCCUACACUUAUUCUUCGUCAUCUUCUUCUUCUCCUCUUCCUCCUCCUACUCAUCUUCUUCUUCUUCUCUUCCUCAACUUCAUACUCUUCUUCUCUUCUUCCUCCUCCUCCUACUCUUCUUCUUCAUCAUCAUCAUCUUCUUCUUCUCCUCUUCCUCCUCCUACUCAUCAUCAUCUUCUUCUUCUUCUCUUCUCUUCCUCCUCCUCCUCCUCUUCUUCUUCGUCAUAUUCUUCUUCUUUUCCUCUUCCUCCUCCUACUCAUCUUCUUCUUCUUCUCUUCCUCCUCCUCCUACUCUUCUUCUUCAUCUUUUUCUUCUUCUCUCCCUCCUCCUCCUACUCAUCAUCAUCUUCUUUUCUUCUUCUUCUUCUUCUUCUUCUUCUUCUUCUUCUUCUUCUCCUCCUACUCUUCUUCUUCUUCUUCUUUGUGUCGUGCCCCUUUCUGCCGUUUGAGCUCCUAG